UAUCUCAUUGAGUUUCUUUGCGACAGGUCUCCUUAUUGGCAACAAAUGGUUGAUGCCAUUACCAUAUGCAGGGCGGGGUUCAAAGCCCCUAGUGAGGAUGAUUUGAGGGGACCCAUUUUGUCUCAAAUGGUGGAUGAUGUGAAAAAGGAUUUAGAUGAACAACGCCACAUAUGGAGCACUAAAGGUUGCACCAUCAUGACUGAUGGUUGGACGGAUAGGAGAAAUAGAACUCUCCUUAAUUUUCUUGUUUCUUCCGUAGGGGGCACCGUUUUCAUCAAGUCCAUUGAUGCCUCCGCCCAUUGCAAGAAUGCCACCUACCUAUCUGAGCAGAUAGAGGAGGUGAUUGAAGAUGUGGGUGAGGAGAACGUGGUACAGGUGGUGACCGACAAUGCAACAAAUUAUGUUGCUGCAGGUAAACUUUUGAUUACAAACUAAUUUUGUUUGCAAAUUAAUUACUAUCUUGUAGUUUGUACCUCCAUUAAUUACAAUUUACAAUGCAACAAAUUAUGUUGCUGCAGGUAGACUAUUGAUGGAGAGGCACCCAUCUAUAGUUUGGACUCCAUGUGCUGCUCAUUGCAUUGACCUCAUGUUGGAGGAUAUUGGAAAAAUCCCAUGGGUCAAGAGAUGUGUAGAAAGGGCAAGAAAUGUCUGCAAAUUUGUAUAUAAUCAUUCAUGGGUGUUGGCUCUUAUGAGACAAUACACAGAGCAGAAGGAGUUGCAUCGUCCAGGAAUCACAAGAUUUGCCACAAACUUCCUCACAUUGCAGUCCAUGCUUAGGUCUAAGCCUGCCUUGAGACGUAUGAUUGUUGGUGAGGAGUGGUCUUCCUCAUCCUAUGCUACCACCCCUGCAGGGAUAGAGAUGGCAGACUGCAUUUUUUAUGAGCAAGGCUUUUGGGUCCUUUGUGAUGAGAUA